AUGAGCAAGAUGAAUACCUUCGCAAUUUUGCUGGCGGCCGCCCUCAUUCUCUGCACUACCAACUUCCUUCUGCGAUGCUCUGGCUACCACCCACUUACUAGCUUCGACCGCAUCUGCAGGCGGCGGCGGGGUAGCUAUGCUGGCAUGGCCGACGCCAACAACAACGAUGAGUUGCUGAUGGAGUCAGGGAGCAGUAGCCUGUCGCUGAGGAUGUUGCAGGUGGGAAGCCGGAAGGUGUGUAACUCCAUUACCCGUGACCAGCCGGCUUGCAAUCGUUAA